CUGCUCUCCUUUCGCAGUUCUCCGCCGGUGCGGGGAUGUGGAGAGGCGGAGCGAGGAGGACAUUGCACUUCCUGGAAAGCAAGUGGCGUCUACGCAGUAGAUGGCAACUUCGUCAACUGUGCACAGCUGUUGGCCUCAUCCUCUCCUGAUGUAACUCGCAGUCCAGCCGGAGUUCCCUGCAGACGCCUGUCCCGGACGCACUUUGCACAUUAAACUGGCGACCUGACAAGAGUGUCCCAUCAUGGGUGGGUCAAUUUCUUCCAUAUCCUUAUCAAAGAGUUCUGAUUCCAGUGACAGAAAGUCCAUCGUUGAACAGCAGGGCAACAGCACAGACACUGGUGAACAAAGUAAUGGUGAUGAGGUGGAAGGUGACUAUACACCUUACGUGGAGAUCAUUGGGCGGAACAGCACCAACUGCCCUUCCUGCCAAGGGACUGGACGCAUCCCUAGAGGUCAAGAGAAGCAGCUUGUAGCUUUGAUCCCAUACAGCGACCAGAGACUUCAACCCAGCCGCACGAAGCUGUACGUCUUUUUGUCUGUGCUACUCUGCCUCUUGGCCUCGGCUCUGGUCAUGUUCUUUCUGUACCCUCGAACAAUCACCAUGGAGCAGAGUGGAAUGAAGUCAUCCCUCGUUUAUUUCUCACCUAAAGAUUCCGCUGUCAUUAUGAACGUGACAAAUAUGGUGAACAUCACCAACAAUAACUUCUACAGCAUUCACAUCUCCAACCUUAACCUGCAGGUCCUACUCUUGGAUACGGUCGUGGGCAGAAUUAAAAGUGACAAUGAAACCGUUAUUAAACCUCUUGGAAAGAUGCAGCUUGAUUACAAAGUGGACAUCGUUAUAAAUGACCCAGGAAUGUUCCACUUCUGCACCAUGCAGGCUAUUAAAAUUCACAUGGUGGUUUUCCAUAUCCAGGGCUCAAUGACUGCCAACUACGUGACCCGCACAGAAGAACUGCCACUCGAAACGUACCAGUAUAUCGAUUGUGGAGCGAACACCACCACACCUCACGUUGACUUUGUGUUUCUCUCGUGAGCUGUGACGAAAGGGACUCGUCUGCAAGUGAUGGCCAAUCUCUGAAGUUCUCAUUCUGAAGCGACGCUCUGUUUUUUAUUGUUUUUUUUUUUCCUCUCUUCCAAUUACUGUUGUGAUUUGUAUUAACUCAACUGGCAGUUAAAAACUCCACAGUGUCUGACAGAAAGGUAUACCCUACUGGUUUUGGGUGACCACCAGUGGGGACCCUUGUUUCAAUGGCUACCGAGUGCAUCCUGUGUGGCUGUGCCGAAAGUCGCUAAGGCGAGCCAGUUGGCUGUGUAUCGCUGGUUUAGGGGGUCUUAGCCUCGACGCUUUAUGGUUCUCCUGGUCUUUAAACGUUGAACUCGCUGAUGAUGCACGAGCCGUUGAGGCCUUGUGCUUCCUGAAAUUGCAACUCUAAUGUGACACGGACAGUUUUGUGACGCCCAUCUAAGCUUUUAGUCCUGCGGUGAGCUGCUCUACGCUACGUGGGAUGUGUGUAUUUUUAUUACUAUUCUUAAUUAUUUUAGGACGUUUGUUGGAAAUGGCAAACCCCAGUCUUUGAGCACUGCAGAGGUCUUCCUUCCUGUUGAUCGUACGCCAUUGUAGUCACCAAAAGGAUCGUAUUAUCGAGCCUUUUGCACAUUUUCUGGUGUUCACCUGUGUUAAACAAUAUAUUCAUUUCAAAAUCUUAAUGGAGCAGAAAUGGAGUGGAAUCACCUUCUCGUUAUUCUGCUGUCGUUCACAGUAUUAGAGUGCCAUCCCCGAAAUAAAAAGUGCGGUGGCCCUCAAAGGCCAGAGCUGCACGUAAAGUCCCAGUGUCUUGUCAUGUCCGGGCCCUUACUGAUUGUGUAUUCAGUACUAAACACGCACCGCACACCUCUAGGAUCAGGAAGUGCAGGCGUCGGUGGGCUAGCACUGCAGGCGAGUCGUGUAGCUGUUUCAGCGAUCGUACCUGCCGUGUCGUACCCAUCAUGCACUUGACUCGUCUCCUUGUCUUUGCGUUAUUAAACUGUGGCAGAUGAUGUCCCAGUCUUAAUAACAACCCUCUUGCCUCCUCAUCCCUGAAGUGCCCCUGCUAAGUGGUUGGUAUCUGUUGUGAUCCCUUGGGUGCUGGCACCAUGUGGACCCCUGCUCUGUCUUUAGAUGGUUGACUGCGUCUUCACCUGCCUACACUCACUUUGGUUUCUUUGGUCACAUGUUUCACGAAGUCUAGCGACCUGUUGUAUAUUAAUCACAUGCUUCAUGCUACGUGACAGCCCAUCAUAUCGCACUGUAGUUAGCAGAGCAGGAGCGGAGACGUACCAAGCUCAUUUUAUUUUCUGCAUUUUGCCACCUUGGCGGUGAGAUCCGUACGGAUUUAUCUGUGAUCAAGUGGGCAGCACAUCUUCAAUUCCCAGCUGGCAUGAUGAAGGUGUGCGAUGCUUUAGAAGUAGUCUUCAGCAAAGAGAGUUUGGGAUGCUUUUAUGUAUAGAGAUGGAAGCAAGAAACAUGUUCAAUAAAAUGUGUUGCCCAGUCCUC